AUUCUAUUUCUGGGCUAAUAUUGGGAGAGAAGUAGCAAUACCACAUUUUGAAAGAUCUGCCUAAAUUCUUGGGUAGCUUCAAAGAGUGACAAUGAAGAUGGGAGCUUCAUCUUGGCCUUCUGAAACAGAGUUGGGUGAAGUAAGAAAGAAGGUAGCGGAGAUGAGUGGAAGAAGUGCUGAAGAGGUCAGGGUUGUUGUUUCUCCAUAUAGGAUUUGUCCUUUGGGAGCCCACAUUGAUCAUCAGGGUGGAACUGUUUCAGCUAUGACCAUUAAUAAGGGUAUUCUACUGGGUUUUAUUCCUUCUGGCAACUCUGAGGUUUGGCUUGAGUCGGGUCAAUUCCAUGGAGUAGUGAGAUUUAGAGUUGAUGAAGUUCAGUAUCCAAGGCAUGCCAUUCGGAAGAAUGACAACAGCCAUGCAAUUGAUUCAUUCCAGGUCCACGAAGAGUGCAAUUGGGGGACCUAUGCUAGGGGAGCACUGUAUGCACUGCAGAUAAGAGGGAACAAUGUCACACAGGGUAUCAUAGGAUUCAUCUGUGGUUCCACGGGAUUUGAUAGUUCAGGGCUUAGCUCUUCAGCUGCUGUUGGGGUGGCUUAUCUCUUGGCCCUUGAAACUGCAAACAAUUUGAAUGUAACACCAACAGAAAAUAUUGAAUUGGAUCGGAUAAUUGAAAAUGAAUAUUUAGGUCUAAGAAAUGGUAUUUUGGAUCAAUCGGCUAUACUACUUUCUAGUUAUGGUUGCCUAACUUGCAUGAAUUGCAAGACCAAGGAACACAAGCGCAUCCACCCACCGAAGUCCCAUGAAAUCGAAGAAUCCACGGGGAAAAAGGCAUACAAGAUAUUAUUAGCAUUUUCAGGCUUGAAGUAUGCUUUGCCGAAUAACCCUGGAUAUAAUCGCCGGGUUGCUGAAUGCAUGGAAGCUGCUCAGACUCUUUUAGAUGCUUCUGGGAAGGGAGAUCUGGAACCUCUUCUUUGUAAUGUUGAAGUAGAAGCAUACAGGGCACACAAGUACAAAUUAGAACCAAAUCUAGCUAGAAGAGCUGAGCAUUAUUUUUCUGAGAACAUGCGGGUUGCAAAAGGACUUCAAGCAUGGGCAUGUGGCAACAUAGGGGAAUUUGGAAAGCUCAUUACAGCUUCUGGUUUAAGUUCCAUCCAGAAUUAUGAGUGUGGUUGUGAGCCAUUGAUACAGCUAUAUGAUAUCCUUUUGGAGAUUCCCGGUGUGUUCGGUGCACGGUUCAGUGGUGCUGGAUUUAGAGGUUGUUGUCUUGCAUUUGUAGAAGCUAAUUCUUGUAUGAUGAUUGUGAUUGAGUUAUCCUCGUUCUGA